AUGGAACCAGAACUGCAGAAGUUUCGUCAAAGACACACUGCUGGGUCGUCCAAUGCAGCAAACGACGACGCUAUCUCUAUCGGGUCCUUGCGUUCUAACCACGCUGACCCAGAUCAAAUCAAGAAAACGGUGUCCGGAAAAUCAGAUAAUCAUGCGCACGCCCAUUUCGCAAAUGGAGCAGGCACUGGUGGGAAUGAAGGCGGCGAUGAUGGCGACGACAACGAUUUAGCCCGCGAGAAGACCCACGAGAGUGCCUACGAGCCAAGGAAUCCAUACACAUACAUCGGAGCACGAGGAUGGCGGAAAUACAGACCUCUACGCCCAUUUCGGGGAAUGUAUCACGAUAUCAAGCGACGGCUACCGUACUACCCGAGCGAUUUCACGGAUGCCUUCACAUAUAGGGCGGUCGCGAGUACAAUUCGAAUAUACUUCGUCAACUUGCUACCAGCAUUGGCUUAUACUCUUGAUAUGUAUCGGAGGACGGGUAACUUCUAUGGCAUAAACGAGGGAUUGUUAGCCUCAGCUCUCGCGGCUGGUGUAUUCGGCCUAUUUAGUGCACAGCCUCUUACUAUUGUCGGAGUAACAGGACUUAUUUCCCUAUUUAAUUACACUAUCUACAACAUCAUUACUCCUUACGAUGCAACGAUAUACCCCCAAUUUAUGGCUUGGACGGGGAUCUGGACGGCCAUAUUCCAUUGGCUCACCGCAAUCACUAAUCUUUGUGACUAUAUGCGAUAUGUGACGGAUUUUUCAAGUGAGACGUUUGGAAUGUAUGUUGGAAUUAUCUAUCUGAUCAAGGGUGUGGAAGAACUAGUUGCAGAGUUCGAUGAAAGCACGUCCGGCGGGUUUAUGGGCAUCGUUGUUGCUAUGCUCUAUUUCGGGUCGGUUUAUACUCUCGAGAAGUUCGGCUCUGGGCUCUUCUUCAAUCCGACAGUUCGAGGAUUCAUCGCAGACUAUGCAUAUCCAAUCGCGACGGUAUUCUGGGUCGGAUUCUGUCAUAUACCUGGAAAUUUAAAGGAUACGCACGUUCAGCUCCUCCCAAUAACCCAAGCCUUUCAGCCGUCAACUGACCGAGAUUGGGUGAUUGAUUUCUGGAAUCUCGAUGUUAAAUGGGUAUUCGCUUCGAUGCCCUUUGGGUUUCUCAUAACUUUGCUAUUCUAUUAUGAUCAUAAUGUCAGCAGUUUGACAGCCCAGGCUAAACAAUACCCGUUGAAGAAACCUGGUGGCUUCCAUUGGGACUUCUUCCUUCUUGGGUGCACAUCGUUUGUUUCUGCUGUCAUCGGAAUUCCUCUCCCCAACGGCCUUGUCCCGCAGGCACCCGUUCAUACCGAUUCUCUAUGUGUCUACCAGACCGACCUACAGGUUAUCAGAACCGAGGAUGUUGAAGGCGAGGAAAUUCGACGGCCGAAAGUUCGGAUCUUAAAAGUGGUUGAACAAAGAGUCACACAUGUCGCCAUGGCUUUACUACUCUUCGGAACGAUGUCCAGGCCACUACUCGUGGUUUUAGGAACUAUGCCGAGAACCAUAUUUGCCGGAGUUUUUCUAACAUGGGGUUCAAUCGAAGGCAACGGGAUAACCCAUAAGGUUGUCCACUUGCUUAGCGAGAGCCGAUUCCGCCCUCCAGACGAUCCGCUUCACAAAGUACCCUCGAAAAAAAUCGCGCUCUAUAUAUUCCUCCAGCUAAUAUCAGUCGCCAUAUGUGUUGCGAUAUCGCAGACAGUUGCUGCCGUCGGAUUCCCCAUUCUGAUAUGUGUUUUAAUUCCAUUGAGAUGGGUGUAUUUCAAGAAAUGGUUCUCAGAGUCGGAACUUAGUUCCAUGGAUGCGCUGACUGCUGAUAACCCGGUCGUAUUGGCCAGUUUUGGAGGCAGACCGGAAGGAAACGGGGGUAUGUCGACAGGAGCAGGUCUUGCAAGGGUUGAAAGCGCAAAAGAGUAUAAAGAGCGACAUGGAGGGGCUCAGAGACAGCGAGCCGGUAGCUUCCAUGUUUAG